GGUGCUGCAAUGUGUUUUCCUGAGCAGGUCUUAGCAUUCAAGAGCUGCUGUGCAAAUUUUCUUGCCGGAUACUUAUUGCUGAGAAUGGAGUAACGCUAGCCUGGCCCUCUGUGAAACCUGUGUAACUUCCACACUGUUUAUUGCUAAGAGAUGUGAGCAUUCAUAUCUGCUGUGAACUUGUGAAGAAACCUCUUGCUGUGUUGACAUAGAGAGGGCAGAAGCUACUGGACAAACCCCACAACACCCGGGGCAGCAGACUUCCUUGGACCGUGCAGCUCUCAGACUUUGCAGUUAGUGCACCAAUGCCAUCCCAAGCACUUGAGGGAGAUGAAGAUUUGCAGCUGUGGAAAGAGAUAGACGAUGCAUGUUCUGCCUACCUGUCCACAGAUUCUCAGCCUCAGGCACCCAGUACAAUGGAAGAACUUUGUUUUUUGGUCAUGGGAUUUCUCCAGAAACCACAGGGCUUAGAUGAAAAAGACAACACCAAAAGGUUCUUAUUUCAUUAUUCUAAGACUCAUGACUCAGGAAACUCAGACAUCAUGUCGUCUGUCCUGCAUCCUUUGCUGCAACUCGUUCCCCAGCUUAAUGAGGGAAGACUGAAGAGAUACAGAGUGGACGAAGAGCUUCAAGGACCUGGCAGGAUUCAAAGCAGAGGCUACUUUUUCUACCGGCCACGCAACGGAAGGAGAUCAGUGGAUUUUCGCUAAGGAGGAUUUUACAUUCCUGACCUAGGAUUAAUGCUGCAGGAAUGCUGACCACAUGAACAUACUGUUUACCUUACAAAAAUUAUUUGUUACUAAUGUACAAUUAAAAAUCACUAGAAUGUAAAUGUUAUUAAAUUCGAUUCCAUUAAGGAUUCAAAUGUUUCUUUACUUUGUUGAUUAUGUUGAAAGCAUCCUAAAAUUAUUAGUUUCCUAGUGUUAUGUUUACAGCUGUGUGUAAAAGAGUCACAGUGUAUGCAUGCAACAGACAUUGCCUCUAACAACUGUUAUGUAAAUUUAUUUUCCCUUAUGAAUAA